AUGCCCACAUGGGAUGACAAGGAAGGUCAUUAUAUUGUUGUGCCUGGCGAAGAUCUCACGUCCAGAUAUAAAAUCAUUCGCCUUUUGGGACAGGGUACAUUUGGAAAAGUCGUGGAGUGCUAUGACCGUCAGACUGGAAUGCAUUGCGCUAUCAAGAUUAUUCGAGCGGUACAGAAGUAUAGGGACGCCAGCAAAAUUGAGGCUCGAGUCUUGAACACCCUCAAGCGGAGUGAUCCGCAAAACUCCUAUAAAUGUCUUCAUUUGAACGACUGUUUCGAUUACAGGAAUCAUGUAUGCAUGGUGUUUGAUCUAUUGGGUCAAUCCAUAUAUGACUGGCUCAAAGACAAUGCGUUCUGUCCGUUCCCGCCCAACCAGAUCCAAUAUUUCGCCCGCCAGCUAUUCAGCAGUGUCGCAUUUCUUCAUCGUUUACGACUGGUUCACACGGACUUAAAACCGGAGAACAUCCUGCUUGUUGAUGGUGAUUACCGACAAGUACCCUACAAGGUAUGUCAGCUUCCAUUUCUUUAUCUGCACCGCCAUAUGCACAGGGGUUUAAGAGUUCUUUUGGACCCAGAGAUUCGGUUGAUUGAUUUUGGAAGUGCCACUUUUCAGGAUGAGCAUCAUUCAACUGUCGUAUGCACACGGCACUAUCGUGCACCAGAGAUCAUUCUAGGACUCGGAUGGUCAUAUCCGUGCGAUAUUUGGUCUAUAGGAUGCAUUCUGGUUGAGUUUUUGACAGGCGAAGCGCUAUUCCAGACACAUGAUAAUUUGGAGCAUUUGGCGAUGAUGCAGGCUGUACUGGGACCCAUUCCCGACAAACUAAUUCGUGCAUCCCACAAAUCAUCGCAAAAAUACUUUGUUCAAGGACGAUUGGACUACCCGAACGAGGAGACGAAACGUAACAGCCGGAAAUAUGUUAAAGCAUUGCGGCCAUUACGUGUAUGUGUACCCAUCCAUGUCUUUGAAGAAAAUUCGGCUUUUGCACGCGAGUUCUUAGAUCUACUCAGUCGGCUGCUGGCAUAUGACCCUGCAGAACGAAUCACAGCUGCCCAGGCAUUGCGACACCCUUACUUUAAUUAUGUCGUGAACGAGAACGGGCAAGUACUGGGGGUCAAGAAGUCGUCGUCGACGUCUUCUGCGUCCUCGUCUUCUUCGAGAUCAUCCGUAACUGCGGUAUAA